AUGGCACCGCCUCCCAAACGCCGUAAACUGGCAGUUGCUCCAGUCGCAGAGAUUGUCUUCGACAAUGACGCCCGCCACGACUACCUCACCGGCUUCCACAAGCGCAAAGUGCAGCGCGCCAAACAUGCGCAAGAGGUCGCGGAGAAGAGGGCGAAAGAGGAGCGGCGAGAGCACCGCCGAAAGAUGCGAGAGGAACGACAGGCGGAAUUGCAGAGAGCGCUCGAGCAGAAUCGCAUACAAAUGGCAGAGUUGAACGGUGCGUCAGACGGUGAGGAGGGAAGUAAUCCGGACCAGGAGAGUGAUGAACAAUGGGAAGGGUUUGCGGAUCCGGCGCCGGUGGAUUAUGAGGCGGAAUAUAUCGACGAAAAUAAAUAUACUACUGUCACCGUGGAGGAUAUGGAUCCUUCAAAGGAAGGGCUAUACAAAGCUGCGGAGGAGAAUGAAGAAGAUGACGAAAAAGAUACGCCCAAAGCCACCAGCACUGCGCCCAACCCACCGGAGAAGCGGAAGUCAACAAAGGCCGACCACAACCAGGCGAAGAAGAAAAAGAAAAAGAAGUUCCGAUAUGAAAGCCCCGCUGAAAGGAAGGUUACGAGAAUGAAGGAGCGAAUGGGCAAUCGAAAGCAGGCAAAAGCUCGGCGAGCAACUUGA